UCAAAGACCCACUCUCCUAAAUUUGAGAGAGAAAUCUCCGAGUGAGAGAGAGAGAGAGAGAGAGAGAGUUGAGAACUUAAAAUGGCCAAUCUUAGAAGUAGUCCAAGGUACCAGUUCUUGUUGGCUUUGCAGUUCCUUCUGUUGGUGCAAUCCAGAGUCUGGUGCUAUCAGUACAAAGUUGGAGAUCUAGAUGCUUGGGGGAUACCCACUUCAGCAAACCCACAAGUCUACACCAAAUGGUCAAAAUACCAUGAAUUCAAGAUUGGAGAUUCUCUCUUGUUCUUGUACCCACCAAGCCAAGACUCAGUGAUUCAAGUCACAGAGCAAUCCUACAAGGACUGCAACCUCAAAGAUCCAAUCUUGUACAUGAACAAUGGCAACUCUCUCUUUAAUUUUACUGCAGAAGGAGUGUUCUACUUCACAAGUGGAGAACCUGGUAACUGUGAAAAGGGCCAGAAGCUCUACAUUGCUACAGGGAAUGGCACUGCUUACUCUCCUGCAUAUGGUCCAAGUGGAUUGCCGGAUUCUGCUCCGUCUUACACCAACGUUUUCGGCUCAAUUCCGGCACCGCCUUCUUCUUCACCAUCACAAAGUGUUCCACUUCUGAUAAUGGCUGUGAUUGGUUUUGUGGUAUGUGCGUUAUUCAAUGGCAAUUUAUGAAGAGCUUAAGCAUUGCUAUUGUUUUCUUCGGAUUUACUCAUUCUUUCAUCACAUUCAUGAUUUUGUAGUUCUUUUUGCAAUGUAAUAGUAAUAUAGCAUAUGAUGUGAGAUUUAUAGCCUUUAUCUUC